AUGUCGUUCGAUCCAACCAAUAUCUCCAAGGCCGAUGCCGCCGCCUAUUCGUCUUCUGAUAACGACGAGGACGAUUACGACGAGUACCUACAGCCCUCGCUCGAUCCCCGCGCCGACGAGUUCGUCGAUCACAACCCCCGAAAACGGCGAAGGACCGGUCGCAACGCCAAGGAGAGUGCAGCCUUGGGCAUAUUCGGUUCCGAUAGCGAGGACGAUGGCCCGGGCAGGCGGUGGAAGGGCAAGAAGGACCUGCGACACAAGAAUGUCGCUUUUGUUUCCGCCGGCCAGGAGAAGCUGGACGAAGAGAUGGAUGAGGACGAGGACGAAGAGGAUGAGGACGAGUUAGGCAGUCGCCCUGGUCUGGGGAAUGGGUCACGGACCACACAGGAUCAUGAGGAGGAGGAAGAAGACGAUGAUGAUGACGAUAUGGCUGGCGUUGGUCUGGGGUUUCGAGCUUCAGCGCAGGGGCUCGGUUGGGCGCCUCCCCCCCGAUCUCAAGGCGCAUCUGCCGCUCUAAACACACCGAGCAAGUCGACGGGCUUCAAGACCAAAUAUGAUGGGAGCACGCGUUUGGGGAAGGGGUUCGUUCCUUCGUCAGCGAACGCCCCCGUACUGAAUCCAGGUCUUGACGAUGGCCCAUCAUCCGCAACCCAGACCCCGAAACCUAGUGUCUUUACAGGGACAGGAAAGGCCAAAUCUUUUGCCGCCAAGAUGAUGGCGCGCAUGGGCUACGUCGAGGGUCAAGGUCUAGGUGCCCAGGCACAGGGUCGUAAUGUCAUCAUCGAACCUACACUGCGACCACAAGGUGUAGGUCUCGGAGCCGUCAGGGAGAAGUCAGAACAGGAGCGCAAAGAGGAGAAGCGCCAGGCGCGCAUGCGCGGGGAGGAGGUUGUAGACUCGGAUAAAGAGAGAAAGAAGGCCGAACGCGAGCGAAAUAGGAAAGGCCUGGAUAGUGUGACUGGUAGCGGCGCGAGCACCCCGAGGAGGCCCAAGACAAAGUACAUGACCGUCGGUGACAUCCAAAAGGCUGCGCCAGGACUACACAUCCCCGAUGCCUUCGCCCCGAUCCUGGAUAUGACGGGACGCGACUCGAAGCUCUUGACGUCGAGCUCGGGCUUGCUCACCCCUCGAGCUGGUACCGAACUAGUCGAGCAGACUGAGGCGCGCAAGCUGGCGAGGCGGGCCCAGGGCGAUCUCACGGCUUUCGUAGAGGAGUACAAGAGUUUGAAUGAGAGGAAGGCGUGGCUGGAUAUGGAAACUCACCAGCGCCAACAGCAGUUGGACGAGCUCGAGAGUGAAUUUUCGGCGCUCGACGUCUUCUCCUCGGUCCUGGACGACAUUUCGCAAGCCGCACGCGAUCGACAGUGGGAUCUAGUCAUCUCCGGACUGAAGAAAGCCGAGGCCGCUUCUUCGACCCAUACCGAGCAGUUGGCGAGUAUCGCCGUUGCUUGCAUCCACCCAUUUUUACGCGAAGCUGUCCAAGGAUGGCAGCCUCUCGAUGACCCAAAGCUGGGCAACUUUGCAACGGAUCUUUCGGGGAUUCGAGGUCUCCUCGGUCUCAAAAACAAGGCGGGCAACGGGAAUGCGGUGGCGAAAUGGCAAGAUUUCGACGUUGACGCCACAUAUCGUCAUCAGAAGUCUACUACCGCCUACGAGAGUAUGAUCUAUAAGCUGCUUUUCCCGAAGCUCGUCACAACCGUUUCUCAAAUAUGGGACGUAUAUGAUGCGGCGCCCCUGAUUGCCAUCUUCGACAAGUGGGACCAGCUGUUCCCAGCCUUCGUGCGUUCCCAACUACUAGAACAGGUGGUGAGGAGGCUCGACGAUGCCAUCGGAAAUUGGAAACCCAGGAAAAAGCAGCACAACCUUCCACACCUGUGGCUGUUCCCCUGGCUUCAGCACUUACCCGUCCAUCAUCUCGAACCCAAAGGAACCGGCCUCGUCGCUGAUGUGAGGCGCAAAUUCCGUCAACUAAUCGACGUCUGGGAGUUUGACAAGGGCGUCAUCCCUGGCUUAAAGCAGUGGAAAGACAUUUUCCGGCCGAACAAGGCACAAGAUCAGUGGAAACCCCUUGUCAUGCACCACAUCCUUCCAAGCAUGGCUCGCUACCUACGUGCAAACUUUCGCAUCGAUCCUAGCGAUCAGGAACCGUAUCUGAUGAUGCUCUCCGGUGUCCUUAAAUGGACCGACAUUAUCUCGAACUCGAUGGUCGCCGAGGUCAUCGUCACAGAAGUGUUUCCAAUGUUCCACGAGGUGCUCUACCAGUGGCUUGUAAGCGAUAAUUCCAACUACGAGGAGAUAGGCACUUGGUUUCAGUGGUGGAAGGACGACGUGUUCCCAGCCGAAGUUUCGUCGCAGCAAAGCCUCGUUGCCGAGUUCGGCAAGGCCAGUCUCACCAUUGAGCAUGCUCUUGAUCUGGGUGGCGACGCGAAACGAAGACUUCCUCGCCCCGAUGGCCUCCCUGCGCUUCAAUCCAAGUCUCGCUCCCACAAAUCCAAGGCAGAGCAGAAGCCCAUACCUGUUCUUGCCCCAUCCCAGCCUCUGGAAAAAGCCGAGCCCACUUUCCGCGACGAAGUGGAAGAGUGGUGCCAAGAGAACGAUUUACAAUUCAUCCCGGUUCGCAAAACCAACGAAACUGGCAAGCACUAUUUCCGCAUCACAGCCCGCAUGGACGGCAAGGGAGGCGUGCUUGCAUAUUUCAAAGGCGAUAUCUUGGUUGUCGAAUCCCGCAAGACGAGUGGGGAGUACAGACGCGAGCUGAAGCAGGAUUGGAGCUUGCUGCUUGACCCCCUGUAUGACGAGGUCGACCAAGGUGGGAGGAGUUGA